AUGACCAUAGUCUCAGAUGAUCCCGCUCGGUGGCCGUUCAUCAGUUUUUGUCAUCUUUUGGGCUAUUUUGCAGUUGCAAGCUCUACUGCGGUGAUAUACAACUGGGCAUUAACAUUCGGACGAGAGUUCGAACUGAUCUUAGUGCGCUACAUUGGAAUAAUAUAUUCUGUGUACGUUUGCAGGGCUAUCUACAUGACACUGCAAUGCGCUGAUAAGUCAUCUCUCGCAACCAGCGCCUACAUCUUACAGAGUUUACCUGUCUCGAUCACCGAUGCAGAGUUUUCAGGCACUAUCGUUUGGUACAUAGGGACAUGGAGCCCUGUCAUCGUCAAUGCCAUGUUGGGCGUCAUCAUGGUUGCUCGGAUCAAUGCCAUGUAUCAAGGAUCCAAAAAUUUGUUUAUCUUUCUUGUUGUAAUGUUGUUGGGUUCCACGAUUACCUCCGGAGUUAUGGUGGUAAUAGCAAACCUGGGUGUUUCAGGGCAGGAGGCCAUCUUUUCUGGCUACCACAUCUGCUGGACCGAAAUUGACAUGUACAAGCAAAACCUGAAUUUCGAGAGUAUGAUAUCCACCGUUGUAUGGGAGAUCCUUGCCUUGUUUCUUACAGUCUGGAUUGUUAUAAAACACAUCCGUGAACUGCGACAAUCGCCGACAGGAUCGACCAUUGGGGACUAUUUCAUGGUGUUAGCAGAGAGUCACGCAUUUUACUUCCUAGCCUUUGCUACUAUGGCUUGCUUCACACUUGGCUUACUGUCUCCGAGUAUCACCUCGAACUCAUGGCUCAUGGAAAGUCCUAUUUUUGUUGGCGUUUGGUCAAUUGCCCAGAUGUUGCAGAUGUUCGUGCUGGGACCACGUCUGAUCCUCAGCAUUCGAGAAUAUCAUGCUAAGCUCGUGGCCAGGGCCGACGAGGAAAUAGGAAUGACGCUCAUUACUUUCCAAGCUGGUGGAGAUGCGUUGAUCGACGAAGAUGCGUUGACUGGCGGAGAUGUGUAA